UUGUACUGACACUUUGACACUCAGCAUUGUUUGUUUAACGCAGAAAGUCGAGUUUCUAGCAGGUAUUUCGUUCAUUUACAGUUUUUUUGCAAACCAUGAUUAAACUCUAAUAAUCAGACAAAGAGACAGUGGAGCUCUGUAGACCUGAAACUUGACUUUUGCACUUCUCAAAUGCAGACUAUAAAGCUUGUGGUGGUGGGUGAUGGUGAUACAGGAAAGCAAGCAUUGCUCAUGAGCUAUACAGGCCACAAUGGCAAACAAAUGCCCACAGUGUUUGACAACUAUUUUGUGACAGUGAUGAUUGGUGGAGAGGCGUACACUCUGGGAAUAUUUGACACUGCAGGUCAGGAAGAUUUUGACAGACUGCGACCCCUCAGCUACCCUCAGACUGACGUCUUCCUUGUUUGUUUCUCUGUCGUAUCGCUGUCAUCUUUCAAGAACGUCACAGAGAAGUGGGUGCCAGAGAUUUCACACCACUGUCCAGCGACGCCCUUCCUGUUGGUCGGGACUCAGGUGCAUUUAAGAGAUGACAGCGACACCCUGAAGAAGCUGGCCCAGAGCAAACAACAAGCUGUGACCUUCACGAGUGGAGAGAAACUGGCUUGUGAGCUGAAGGCAGUCAAAUACGUGGAGUGUUCAGCUGAGACAGAGGAAGGAUUGAAGAACGUGUUUGAUGAGGCUAUUCUUGCUGCUCUGGAGCCUCCAGAUACUAAAUCCAAGAAGCUCUGCAUCCUGCUAUAGAUGCCACAAGAAGAAGAGAACAAGGAGGAGACGGUGGAGGUGGAGGUGUAGAUUAGAGAUAAGAGAAUAUUAACCCAAAUAGGACUAAAGUGUUAAGUCAUAGUGAUUUAACUUGGGUUACUCACACCUUAACACUGUUGCAGAAAGGCAGCGUACAGCUGGUAAAUCCUCUUGCUUUCGUAGCUGCCUUGAUGUGCCCAUUCAUUCAUUUUCAUUGCCCACACUGGAUCGUCAAAUCAAAUCUCCUAAUGCAACCAGCCCAAGGCUGCGGCUGAGCAGCAACAACUAGAAAGCAGGCCUCGAGGUUCAACUGUAUUAAUGAGCAGUAGAACAGAUGUACCUAAUAAAGUGGCUGCUGAAUGUAUGUAGUGUGACUUUAGUGGGCUGUACAGUAUUUGGUCUCACAUUCUCACAUUGUAUAUAUUGUCUUUGUCCUUUUAAUUAUUUUCUCCAUUUCAGCAAUUAUUCAAAGAAAUUGUUCACACUUCAUUUUUUGUGUAUUAACACUUUUUACUGUACAUUAGACCAAUAUGUUUGCAGUUCUCUUUCCAACGUCAAGAAGUUUUUAA